CAGACACACACACCCACUCAUCUGACUUCUCCAAGUGACUGAAUUAGACUUCAUGUUAGACAGGAAUUAAGAUUGAUUAAUCUGGUAAAAUCAGUCCACCAUUCACAAAUGCAACAAACUACACUGCAAUACAUCUUAAAUGCAAACAUACAGUUUAAAGGCAAGGAAAUCUGAACAUAGUGAAAGGGUGGAUUGGUAGAUAACGGAAAGUCCAGCUGAAGAAUCAUGGAGAUGGACAUCAGGAGAAAGGGAAUGCUUUACCUUCACCAGCAACGCUUUGGCAAGAGAUGGAGGAAGGUGUGGUGCGUGGUGGUGGCAGAAGGCAGACGCAAUGUGGCACGGUUGGAGCUUUACGAGCACAAACAUUCGUCCUUCAAGGAGGGCUCCAGCAAGCGCAAACCUGAUUACAAAAGGGUGAUCAUACUGAGAGAAUGUAUCCGAAUAUCAGAAAAUGACAUGGCUGACUGCCCUAAAGAAUGCACCACCUUUCUUCUGGAAACCUCAGAGAAACUUUAUGUGUUUGCUGCCCACCAUUCAGAGGUGAAAGGCUGGAUCAUGAGCCUGUGCGAGCAGGCGUUCCCUGACAUACAGUCUGAACAAAACUUACAAAGACAGAGUAGCAUCUACUCUGAGUCUGCGAGCAGUUACAGGGAGAUGCAAGAAAACACGCUCUAUGAGACAGCAGACAGCAAUUUUCUGGUUAUAGCAGUGGGCACAGAGGCUGCACUUCGGUGUAAUCUGUAUGGGGAAUAUAUCCUUACUCCACAGCCUGAUUGCUUACUGCUGAAGCACUAUAAAACUAAGGAGAUGCUUUUCAAAUGGCCAUACUGCUACGUUAGAAAGUUUGGACAAGACACGCUGUCUUUCUCCUUUGAGGCGGGCCGCAGAUGUGAGUCCGGGGAGGGGCAAUUCGAGUUUGCAACUCAUCAAGGUGAAAGGCUGUUCAAUUUUGUCAGUGCAGCCAUUCAUAAUCUACCCAGAUCCUCCACAGCACAUCAAAGCAGCCUUGACCGUGUAGACCAAAGUAUAGUACAAGAAACUGCAACCAUAUAUGAAAUCUAUGAUGACACCACAGUUGCCCUGAGUCUCAAACAAUCUGACUGUUUGCCUGACAGCAAUCUGCAGCAUGUGGUUCAGAAACAGCAUCCACCGAUGCUCAACCCUGCUUUGAGGAGCUUUUCUUUGAAUGCAAUAGAUCCACAAAACAAAAGUCAAGUGACAAGCAUGCAUUCUUACCUAGAGAAUCCGGAACCAGUGUACGCCGCAGUGUCAAAAGCUCAGCCAAAAGUUACUUCCCUUACAGACUCUAAAAUGCACUGGCAAAACUUAAGAAAAGUUCUCCAUGAUUCUGCAUCUUUUCAAGACUCUUUCAAGGCUGACGCUGACAUUUCACAGUUGUCUGCUCUUGCGGUCCCCUAUGAAGAAACAGUGACUGAAGAUCCGACUGACUUGUUGGGUGAUUCCAUCCAGCAAUUAGCAAUUGAUGAUGCAUUAAAAAAUAUCAGUGCAGAAGCAAUUUACGCAGAGCCACAGGACUACCAAUUCAAAGCUGAGUGGGAUGUCAGCGCUGUUUACGAUGAACCAAAGGAGGUCAUCAUGGCCAAUCAAAGAUCUCACGAUGGGGUGGACCACACAGCUGAACAUUACUUUUUCUACAGUCCUGACAUUGCCACUUCACAGGCCAUGGCUUCCCAGUCCAAUCCCAAUCAAAGUUCGGCUGAGUCGUUUUCAACUUAUGACAAUUUUAUGUUAAAGGGGAGGCGAAUAUAACAUGGUGUGAUCAUUUCUUUAAAAUCAAAACUAAGGGGGGAAUACGAUACUAAGGUUUUGAUUGAUAAUUGAAUUGAUGGUUUAUGGAAUGGUUUAUUAUUCCUGGUCUCAUAGAAUCAUAUUACUGUACCUAUAUUUUAGGAAAAUUAUUUUUACAUUGCUAGUUGUUUUAUGUAUCUCAACAGUUUCCUAAUGAAAUAAACAAUAGAGGUGCUACAACAAUGAUUUUUAUUCCCUUUCACACAAAUCACGAGAUAACGGCAAAAUAUCAGUUCAUAAAUUUACUUUUUGAACUGUUCCUCACACAAUGCUUUCUUAUGACAUCUAAGCACUUUUAAUUUAGUGCUUGACUUGUAAGGCUAUACAUUUAAACACUUGCAUUACAUAAACAACUACUUUUAAAAGAUUAUUCAAUUGUGCAGUAGCUAAACGAUAAUGUGUGGUUUUGAGCAUUAACCUUAAAAACCUUUUCUGUUUGGGAAUAUAUUUUACUGCCUUUUAGUGCCACACAGUGGACAUUUCACCUCGAAACUGCCGGGAUACAUGUAAUGAUCCAUCUAAUAUAAUUUUGUAAAAAUGUCGCCAUGGUCAUUUCAUUUUCAUGAGAUCAUUCUGUGUUUAUUAGCAUGCGCUGUCUGUAUUAUUUUAACAGCUGUUUAAAAAAAUAAAUAAAUAAUGCAAAUCAGGUAAAGGUGCAA